AUGUCCUUUCUACGGCUGCCAGAUGAUAUCAUCCUCCUCCUGGCCGACAAUCUGUCAAGAGAGAGGGACCUCAAUGCCCUUGCGCAGACUACCCGUCGAUUUCACCGGACGGUAAACCGAUACCUCUACCAAUAUAAUAUCCGACAUUUCCACAGCUUCGCGCUGCGCUGGGGCGUGUCGGUGGGCAAUGAGGCCACCGUUAGACGAUGCCUAGAGUUGGGCGCACCGGUCGAUUGUGAGCCCACGACGGACCCCAAUGGAGACAUCGGCAGCAAUACUCCGCUGGUGAACAUUGCAUCCGAAAAAGGCUACGAUCGUGUCCUCAAGCUCUUACUGGACCAUGGCGCCAACCCGAACGAGGAUCGUCAGUCUCCUCAAGUGCCCCUUUCUUUGGCCAUUCAAAACGGACAUGACGCAGCUGUUCGAGUGUUAUUGGCCCGGGAAGGUACAGACGUUACCCUGCUUUCCGCCUCGUUCAGCCAACAACCGCUGCAUUACGCUUUGGAACGAGGAUCAUUAGAGUGUGUUCGACUCCUGCUCGACCGAGGCGCAGACCUCCAACAAUAUGAGGCUCGAGGCGCCCGGGCGCUUCAUCCGGCCGUGAGAAGUGGGAAUCGGGAGCUGGUCGAGUUCCUCCUCCUUCGAGGGUGUGACCCACUCGUCUGUUGUGGGUAUACGGCUCUAUCCCUGGCCGCAGUCAUGGGCCACCUGUCCCUGGUCCAGUAUUUCCUCGCUCAUGGGGUGGACCCGAAUAUUCGGGACCGGGUCGGAUUCACUGCUCUCGGUCAUGCGGCAAAGGAGGGCAGCGCAGAGGUCGUCGCGGCUUUGCUUGCCUGGGGCGUCCAGACGGAGAUUCUCGGAGAGGAUGGAGAGACGGCUCUAUCCUGGGCAGCCAGAGGGAAUCACGAAAAGGUGGUGGAUCUCUUGCUGAAGCAUGGAGCACAUCCGAGCUCGUCCAACUCUCAAGGCACAUGUCCCCUUUACUGGGCUGUCACCAAUGACUCCAUCACCAUGUUCAAAGCGCUCCUGGCCUACGGUGCCAGGCCAGACAUUCAUACUGUCGCGGGAGAAACCCUCCUCCAUAUAGCAGUGCGGCAAGACCAUCUGCAGCUGCUUGAGAUGCUCAUCCAUCUAGGCAUUGAAGUCGAUAAACCGGACAAGGAGGGCCGGACGCCUCUCUCCCUGGCAGCCGUGUGCGGUCGUGUCGAGAUGAUGGAGCUCUUGCUCGCUAACGGCGCAGACAUGGCGAUCCGCGACCACAAUGACGAAACACCAUUGACCAGAGCCCUCGAUAGAUAUCAGGAUGCGGCCGCCGAGCUACUGCUCAGACGAGGCGCUGAUCCGAGCUACGCGACUGCCAAUGGCUCCAAGGCACUCUUCCACGCAGCCGAAUGGGGCCUUGUCCGGGUCACGCAGUUUCUACUAGAGAACGGCGUUGAUCCCGAUCCCGUAGAUCAACUCGACAGAACCCCCUUGCUCCUUGUUGCCACCGACGGUUUUAGUGAGGAUUGCUACAAGGUAGCCGAGCUGUUGCUCCGGACUGGUCGAGUAGACAUUCAUGCCCGAAAUGCGGAACAGCAGACGCCCCUUCUGUGCGCGGCCUUGGGAGGGAGAGCCCAGCUCGUAAGAAUUCUGCUCGCGUACGGUGCAAACGUCGAUGAUAGGGACGAAGACGGAUACACUGCUCUAGCGACGGCUGUGUGUUCCAAUGGAGACGAGGAGAUAUGCAAGAUUUUGCUCGACGCCAGGGCGGACAUUAACUGCCGUAACAACGACGGGCGGACUCCUUUAUAUCAUGCGGCGAAUGCCAAUCGGCGUAUUUAUGAAUUGUUGCUUGAAAUGGGCGCAGAGCCUUUAUAG